AAAAAAUUGCUGUAUUGAGGUUACAUACAUUUGUAGGAUUGUGUGCUCAUAUCAGGCUGAUAAACCUUUGUCAAAUAGAACUACAGAUAGAACAAUGGACAUUUACAUUUACAUGAUUUCAAAACAUGUGAUUUAAUUUUCAAAACUAUCUUGUAAUCAGUAAAAAAUAAAUCUUGGAAAUAUGAGGAUUGUAUUAUUAUUUAUUGUUCUCUGCAUUUUGACCAUUGUGUAUGCCAAACAGAAAAAGCCUGACAUUGAUAAGCUACAAGCUCAACAGACUUUGAACGAACAGUUACUGGCGAUGGCUUUAGGCAGCAGUUUGUUGAACAAGGAUGUCAGGAAAAAAUUAGCAGACGAAGUUGGCAAGUAUGUUAUACACAGCGCAACGAAUUCAUUAGAUAAAUAUAAUAUUAGCAUGAACUGUGUGAAAGAUAUGGUGGAAUUUGUAAAAGGGAUUUUUGAAGCCGAACCUUGGGCCAUGCAAAUGUUGGAUUCUUAUGGGAAACUUCCAAGUGGUGUCUCAAGAGGAACAGUUGGUGCAUUAGGAGAUUAUGAUGCAUGCCUUCACGUAUCUGCUCAGAAUCAAAACAAAAUACAAUUUCAUGGAAAAUACUGCCUACUUAGUGUUUUGCCUCUGGAUAGUAAAGUUGGACUUUCGAAUUAUUUUAACAAUAAGUUCUUGCAGCCAAAUCAACAUUCCAGGAAACUCCUGCCUCAAACAGCUAUCUGCAUACCCUCGACAUGCAAUAGGAACGAUGUCCAAAAUCUGCUAUUGAAAAUAAUGCCAACACUUGGACUCGAUCUAAAGGUCAAAACAUGUGAAGCACUGAAUGAUGCGGUAAAAUUUACGACAUCGGAACUAUUUCUUAUAUUCUUCUUGUCUAUUCUAUUUGUGAUUGUAUUCGUCGCCACUGCUCUUCAUUUGGUACAAGAAUUUACUAAAGUAGAAAGUACAGAAAAAGAGGAGCAAAAUCAUGUCGGCACACUUCAACAUUUUUCACUUCUUAGAAAUGCUCAAAGAUUAUUUAAAAAAGAAAAUAAUCCCGAUUCCAUCAAAAUUUUUCAUGGUAUAAGAGUUUUAACAACUAUUUGGCUGAUCGCAAGUCACAUAGUCACUGUUAUGUACGAUCAAGCUUUCGGUGGUUUGCACAUAUUCUAUAGUUUGCGCCAUUCCAUCUGGGCUCAGCUCAUUCCUAGCUCUCAAAUAGCAGUCGAAACGUUUUUCUUUAUGAGCGCUGUUUUAUUGUCAUAUAAUAUUAUAAAGAACAAGGAUCGACCACUUUCUGUGAGUUUGGUUUUUCAAAGACGUUACAUAAGGACCACAAUACCUCAUGCCCUUAUGAUUGCUUGUAUCUGUCUCCUACCCUUCCUAAGCUCUGGUCCACUUUACAAAGAAAUUGUUGGUAACGAGGCUGAAAAAUGUAAACAACUUGGCUGGAUAAAUUUUUUUUACGUGCAAAAUUUUAUAUCAUCCCAGGAAAUGUGUAUGGCUUCUUCGUGGUAUUUGGCGGCAGACACUCAACUAUUUCUUUUAAGCCUUUUUAUUCUUGUACCAUACCGAAACAACUCUAGAACACUAAUUAAACUCAUAAUGAGCCUACUUGUUUUUGGAAUCUUUGGAAAGAUAUUAUGUACCAUUGUCUUUAAUUUACCACCCACAUCUCUGAUGUUAAACCCACAAUUAGAGAAUUUGAGCUACGUAUGGCGGCUGAGCUACUUUUCUCCGAUUUUUCAUUUGUCAACUUACAGUAUCGGAAUGAUUGUGGGUUACAUGUUAGCUUCUAACAGGGAAAUAAAGGUGCCAAAGAUGACUUCGACUAUCUUAUGGAUAGCUUCAAUUUUAAUUCAACUUACUAUUGUGUUUGGAGUGUAUGUUUGGAAUUCAAACGAAGAACCUCCCGGUUUAGUUCCUUCUUUGUUAUUUGGGGCAUCUCAUCGUAUUUUGUGGUCAUUAACAUUAGCAUGGAUUACAUUUUCAUGUCAAGCAAAUGAUAAAAAUGUAUGUUCAAGAAUUUUAGGUUCAGAAGCAUUCGUCCCCUUAAGUCGUAUUACCUACAUGGCGUAUCUCACGAAUUUUACGAUAAAGCAUUUUUACAUCGGAACAACAAGAAGUAUGAUAAUAUAUGAUUUCAGAACAAUGGGGAUUAUGGUGGUUGCACUUACUACAAUAACAUUCAUUGUAUCUGCUAUAUUGACUUUAAUCUUUGAAUCACCAUUUUUGAGUAUAGAAAAAGCUUUAUUAAAUAAACUCUCUGAAAAAAAGAAACUCAAGAAAGACACAGAACAUAAAGAUGAUUAAAAAAUAAUUAUUGCUUAACAUUUUAAUUUACGACCAAUUAGAGAUCGAAUUUCGUUUUGUACUUAUUUCAUAUGUAUUUUGAAUACAGUUGAAAUGCACGUUUUGUAUGGUAAAAUCUCUUAGAGACAAGCAAAUAAAUUAAUGUUGUUUCUCUA